AAAAGGAAUAGAAUACAGUAAAAGGAUAUUUCUCAGAAAGAACUAUAUAGGUUAAAACAUUUCGGAAUGGCACAUCCAGCGGCAAUGUUUGCAAGGUUGACAUUUUAUCCAACGCUAUUGUAUAAUGUAUUAAUGGCAAGAAUUUCGUCAAGAAAUUGGUACGAUAGAAUCGAUGAAACUGUUAUAUUAGGUGCUCUACCAUUUCGACAUAUGACCGAACAGUUGAUAACCAAAGAAAAUGUUAAGGGUGUUGUUUCAAUGAAUGAAGAUUAUGAACUACAGUUGUUUUCCAAUACUGAAAAGGAAUGGCAAAAACAUAAUAUAAAAUUUUUACAAUUAUCUGUAACAGAUAUAUUUCAUUCGCCAUCCCAAGACAAGCUACAACUUGGUGUACAUUUUAUUAACAAGUUUAGUGAUGUUCAAACUGAAUUAAACAGUUCUGAUAUUGCUGAGGAAACUUGUCAUCAUAAAAGUGUCUAUGUUCAUUGUAAAGCAGGAAGAACACGUAGUGCAACAUUAGUUGGUUGUUACUUAAUCAUGAAAAAUCAAUGGACUCCAGAAAAAGCUGUAGAAUAUAUGCAACAAAAACGGCCUCAUAUACUAUUACAUACACAGCAAUGGAAUGCACUGAGACUUUUUUAUAAUAAUCAUGUAAAGAAAUAA